AGAUAGGUUGUAGCACUGGGAUUCCCAGAACGCAACGCGAUUUCAUGACGUAUUACGAUUCCAAACCAAACAUCCGGCUGAGUGUGUCACCCUCUCAAACAAGUCCUUCUGAGGCUGCACUUCAACCAACCUUCUCUCAAUCCUACUCAGCAGGCUAACUUUCCAGAAUAUGGCUGAUCACCAGCAAGAACCGCAAGGAGACUCUAAACCUUCAGGAGCACCACGCACUAAAAAGCCAGACCAGGCUAUUUAUGUCCCCAAAAGGCAGCAAAGAGAGGGCGAUGGGCAAACAGUGGAUACCCAGGCACCCAACAACCACCCGAAGAACAAGGCUGGGGACAAGAAGGGCAAACCCAGGCCACGGUACACUGACAAGGCCUGGAAGAACAACAACAAGAACAAGAAAGACAAAGGUGGCGGCAAACCAAAGAUAGAGUCCUCCGUAAGUGGUGGAGAUUCAGCUGCAAGUGUCCAGAAUGGAGGUUGUAAGGAUGGCGAGAAAGAACGUGUGGACGUGGAAAAAGAGGGUGGAGAAGUACGACUGCAGCAGACGACAGAGGGGCAAAGCAACUCAGAAAUAGCUACUAGUGGGGUAUCCGUAGAGAGCACUGAUGGUGGUGGUGGUGGGUUGUCGGACAGGUUGACGACCUCUGACCCCAAGGCCUCAGGAGAGGACCAGGAGGAGAACGAGGAAGAAGAGCAGGAGAGCUGGGACACUCUGUUCGAUGAUGAAGGGGAAUGUCUGGAUCCUCAUUUGCUAAGAGAGAUUGCGGAGAAGUCGGGACGUAAGAAAGAGUCAAUUCAAGAGCCACGAUUCAACUACUACAACUGGUCACCAGAGAGUGAAGAGAUCGAGCUCAGGGAGGAUGAGCUGUCUCACAUAGUAGAGAUAUACGACUUCCCGACCGAAUUCAAAACCGAGGAUCUGAUCCUGGCAUUCCACUCCUUCCAACAGAAGGGCUUUGACGUCCAGUGGGUGGACGACACUCACGCCCUGGGCCUCUUCUCAAGCCCCAUUGCAGCGCGGGACGCCCUUACGACACGGAACCCUCUGCUGAAGGUGAGGCCCCUCUCCAAGGCCUCGGCGGCCACUAAAGCCAAAGCCCGCAACUGCUCAGACUACCUCCUCCCGGCUAAGGAGCGUCCGCAGACGAGUGCGGCAUUGGCGCGGCGGCUGGUGAUCGGGGCGCUGGGCGUGCGAAGCCCCCAGAGCCGAGAAGAUCGUGAGGCCGAGAAGAAGAAGCUGAAGGACGCCAAAGAUCAAAAGCGUCUUGUGGCCCAGCAGAGGGAGGAUGCCUGGGAAGGGAAGUGAGCUGGCGUUGCGUAGCGUGACGUGACAUGGUCUGAGUGCCCCCGUCUCUGCCGUGCACCCUUCCUCAGUCAGAAGCCCCACAGAAAAAAAAAAAUCCCAGGGAAACCACACACAUUCACACCCCAGUGCCCCCAAGCUGUGCCAGGUUCUGACAAGACAGAGAGCUUGUGAGAAUAGUCACAGGCUACAUCCCCCUCUCCAUCUCUCCACAAACCAAAGGGAUGUGAUGCCAUCUGCUCCCAUGACAUAAGACAUGCUUUCUGAACCAGUGGUCCAGUUGUGUUUCACAGGGUACUCCCCCACACCCACACACACACACACACACACCCACACACACACACCUUCUUGACAUAUUGUGUUUAUUUUAAAUGAUUGUUUCUAAUUCUAACUUCACUCGGUUUGCAGAGUCGGGGAUUAAGUCUAGAUGGCUGUGGAUGCUUUUGUAGAGAUGGAGGAACAGUUUUGUUAGAAACGUUUUUUGUGAUAAUUCCAUGUAACCUCUAAUUCGCAUUGGCAGUGUAUGUAUAGUGUUAAUCUGCUGUGUGGCGCUAAUGCUGCCUGGUCAGAAGUGUUUUUUUUUUUUUUUGUCUUUGUAUGCAUAAAUUUAACAUUUGUCAUGUUGACAAGGGCUACAAUUCAGGUUCUUCAUUUGGGCAGUUUUGCCUAUCAUGAAUGUCUGUGAGUAACUAAUAUUUUUAGUGACACUUUGUCAGAAGUAAAUAUUUGUUGCCUCGACAUCCUUGAUUGUGUUAAAUGUAGCCAAAUAAGUAUGAGUACAAUUUAAUCCAUUUUUAAAAAAUCAUGCAAGUUCUCAUCUGUCCAGCUCAGCAUUAGUACCAAACAGCAGACAUGAACUAAUACGGUGGAGCUGAGGGGGGAAGAGAUGAACAGGUAUCAAAAAGUACUGUAAGCACCAGGGGCAGCUACAACUCUUUAGUGUUCUUUUUUUUUUUUUUGGUAGUACCUCUGUAAUUUGUUGUAUAAUUUUAAUUAUUUAACUAUUUCUAUUGUUGUAGGAUGUAUGCUUGUUUUUGACCCCCCCCCCCCCCCCAACCAAC